AUGGCUGCAAAAUUCACAUCCCUCAUUUAUCUAUCAAUAUGGCUGCUUGCGGGACAAGUGUCAUGUGGCUCCAUUGCAGCGUGGUGGAAUACAAGAGCUCCCAGCUUUAUUAUGCAGGACGAUGAUACUGGCGGUAUACGAUAUAGUCUCUGUAACGGCAACUAUACACCAAUAUUUCCAGAAGACAAGGCGCUCAUAGCUCCCUUCAAAGACCACCAGCCGAAAAACAAAACGGGGCUGUCCGCAACUGGGUGGAUGGAUGGCGAAACCGCUCGAGCAUCGAUUUUCUACAUGGAUAAUAACGAUCAGAUUGUCAAUGCGCUUCUGAAAUGCGAUUGGAACACGGGACAUUGGGAAAAUGCGGGCGAGUAUGUUGUCUCCGGAGGAGCUCCUAAAGUAGCGCCAAACUCGGGGUUAUCAGCGGUGCUGCUUGGAUCAACGGAAGGAUACCGAGUAUAUUACAAUGACCUCGAAGGGACUCUUCACGCAAUCGGAUACACACCUAGUACGACAUGGUCUUAUUAUGGUGUAAUCUCCCAUGAUGCAGCCUCUUCCCAGGCUAUUGGGUCUACUUUCUCCGGCAGCAAUAUCUCAGUUGUGAGGCCUAGAGAUGCCGAAAAUAUGGGAGUGUCAAAAUUCGAUGGUGGUGACAUGUGGCAUAUAUCAACCUUUCCACAGUCAUUAACACAAACGGGGAACCAUUCAACCAACGCAACAAAGGCGUCCGACCUCAAGCUCAGUUCCAAUAGCCCGAGCUUUAGCCUCCCAGCUUGGGAUGGUAACGCAUCUGCCCUCGCCGUAACCAUCAACAACAAGAAUACGCGUAGCAUUUUCUACAUCGGCACUGAUAAGAAAUUAUACCAAGUUAGUAACAGCGAUGGUAACAGCACCUGGAGUAUAGCCCCGCGCCCAGAUGACGAGGAUAAAUCUUGGCCCGUAGCCGAUGCGGCCGGUGCCCCGAUCGGCAUCGCAAGCGACACCGGGAGCCGUACCACCCGUUUGUACUACAUGAGCGGCGGCCGUAUGGUCGAGGUCAACGGCGACCACGGGAAGUGGCAGCCAUCCACCGUGCUACCUAACACCAACACAAGCCAAACUACUACAGCACAAGCACCAGCGGCGACAACUACAUCGCCAUCAGAUGAAGAUAAUGGGGGUUUAAGUGACGGUGCGAAAGCAGGGAUUAGCAUUGGCGUAACGCUAGGCAUUAUCGCGCUUGCGGGCACACCAUUUGUAUUAUGGCUUUUACGCCGGAGACAGCGGAGAAUCGACGAGGCAGCUGCGGCGGCGAUGGCGGCGGUGAGAAGAGAUCAAUAUAAGCCGGAAAAUGGAUAUGCGGGACCAGGACCAGCGUACGGUCCUGAUGGGACGCAGGCUGGGGCUCAAACGGCGGUUGGUGCCGACGGGUACGUGUACGGUGCACCACAGACUUAUGGAGGAUACCCACAGGCUCAGCCGCUUCAACCUGGAUAUGGACAGCAGCCACAACAAGGGGUUGCUUACCCAUCGCAGAUGGGUUAUGCUAUGACCUCGGAUGGUCGGUCCGAUGUGGACGACAGAUAUUAUGAGUCCGGUCCGCCGCGGAGGGCACCGGCUCGGGAUGAUGACUUCGAGUCCUUACCGCGACGUCGCAGCCCACCACGCAGAGCACCCGUGAGGGAGUAUGAAGACAUAAAUAUUCAAGUCCAAGACCGGGAACGAGAGCGAAAUGACCGCACUCCUGCAUUUCUUAGAGAAGAUGUUAGAAGGACAGAAGCUGGACCGCUAGUCCUGCGUCAGCGUGAAGUUGAGACAGUUGACCGGCGACGUCCUCGCAGCCCUAGUCCUAUUCACUACCGGGAGCGCAUUGUUGAGAGGGACCGUGAGCGGGCUCCUUCGAUGCCUCCGGAGCGUCGGCCUAGAUUUAUCGAACGAUCACCAUCUCCACCUCCCACCGCCGUGCGAGUAGAAUCACGCACAAUUGAAAGACGACGGGAAAGGUCACCAACUCCAGAGCGGGAACGGGAUCGAGAUCUCAUUCACCUACGAAUUGAACGUGAAAAGGAACGUGCUCCCUCACCUAGUCCUUCACCUCCGCCUCCACCUCCCCCACCAGCAGUCAUCCGAGGUCCUACAAUCGAGCGUGAGGUCAUCACGCACUAUCGUGACAUUGACCACGGUCUCAUACGGGCUAAACCUCCGACUCCACCCCCACCCCCGCGUACUGCACCGCCUCAAACUAGAGAGCGGGACAUAGAUAUCGAUAUUGAUAUCCGCCGUAAUGAAACAGAUGUUGACAUCCGCGAACGAACUCGGUCGCGAUCUCGCCCGCGUGUCGAGCGCCCUCGUCCGCGCAGGCAACCAACUUACUACGAUGAGGACGACUUAGUAAUUGAGAGAGACCACGACAUCCUUCGUGUAGACUCUCGACGAAGAGCUCACUCUGCUGCACCACCCCCAAGACCAGACUAUGAAGAUGAAGCUGAAUAUAUCACCGAUAAGAUCGAUUCACGGGGUCGUAUGGGAGAGGCAUGGAACGGCGCUACUAAAGACUGGACAAUCGUCGAUGUGCCACCCGGCACUGAGCGCGUGAAAAUGGAUGGUGCCGGAGGCGCCGCCGCCGAAGUGACCUGGCAGCGCUACAGCGGUGUGAGACGGUCUAAGUUCAUCCCUGAUCGGGAGGGAACACCUAUCAGCGCCGUAAGUGAACCAAUUCGAGAAACGAUUCGGGAAUCUUUUCGGGAACGCGAGCCAUCACGUGAACGAGAUCGGCUCAGCAUACAAGUAUACGACAAGCGAGAGAGAUCGCGCGACCGAGACGUUGAAGUUGAGGAGAUCCAAGACCGACGGAUUUCGAUCCGUGAUGGUGAUAGAGCGCCACCUCGAAAGCGUAGCGAGAUGUGGACCGAGAUUACUAAGGAUCUCGUGCUUCGUGAAGCUAUCGAACGGAUGGGGUACGAGUAUGAGGAGACAGAGUGGUUCUUCUACGUUAUGCAGUACCUACGCUAUGAGGACGUCCUUGAACUCGUGAACUUGUCUGACGACAUCCGCCGCGCUAAGCGACGCAGAGCCGAAGAGGCUCAGUGGAGCCGCGAUUGGGACCGACGACAUCGUCAUCGACAUUCCUUGAACUGGGAUACUGUCGAUGACGAGCGCAUCGUUGAGCGUGAGGUUGUGUAUGAUCGCCCGUCGCACCGCGGGUAUGCCCGUUAA